GGGACCCACCUCUCUGGGAUGCUGGAUCAUAUAAAAAGGGAACCUAGGCUCUUGGAGAGUCAGUAGGAGGUUUCUGCUGGGGUCUGGAUUGGAACUACAUAGUCAGAUCAUCCCUGUAUGACUGGACUCUAAAACAGAACAAAGGGGCCCAAAGAGUCUACAUGUCUAAUAUUUAGACAUGUUCAGCUUUGUGGAUUCUCGGUUACUGCUGUUGAUAGCAGCGACUGCUCUACUCACCAAAGGUCAAGAAGAAGAAGACAUUCCAUCUGUAAACUGCAUACAGGACGGACUAACAUACAGCAACAAAGAUGUGUGGAAACCUGAACCCUGCCAGAUCUGCGUGUGCGACAACGGCAACAUCCUGUGCGAUGAGGUGAUCUGCGAAGACACCUUGAACUGCCCCAACGCUGAGAUCCCCUUUGGAGAAUGCUGCCCCAUCUGCCCUGACACAAAGGCCUCUCCUGUCUACCCAGAAGCCACUGGAGUAGAGGGCCCCAGAGGAGAACCUGGCCCCAGAGGAGACAGGGGACCCCCAGGCCCACCUGGUAGAGAUGGCAUUCCCGGACAGCCUGGUCUUCCUGGACCCCCAGGCCCCCCAGGACCUCCAGGCCUUGGCGGAAACUUCGCACCUCAAUUGGCAUAUGGCUAUGACGAAAAAUCCGUUGGCGGCCUGUCCAUGCCCGGCCCUAUGGGCCCAGCUGGUCCCCGCGGUCUCCCCGGCCCUCCCGGUUCUCCUGGUCCUCAAGGUUUCCAAGGUCCUCCCGGUGAGCCUGGAGAGCCUGGGGCUUCUGGUCCCAUGGGUCCCCGUGGUCCAGCUGGUCCACCUGGCAAGAACGGAGAUGAUGGUGAAGCUGGAAAGCCCGGACGUCCUGGCGAGCGUGGUGCUCCCGGCCCCCAGGGUGCCCGUGGUCUGCCCGGAACUGCUGGCCUGCCAGGCAUGAAGGGUCACAGAGGUUUCAGUGGUCUUGAUGGUGCUAAGGGUGAUACCGGUCCAGCUGGCCCCAAGGGUGAGCCUGGUAGCCCUGGUGAGAACGGAGCUCCCGGACAAAUAGGGCCCCGUGGUCUUCCCGGCGAGAGAGGCCGCCCUGGUCCAUCUGGCUCCGCUGGCGCUCGCGGUAACGACGGUGCUCCAGGUGCUGCUGGCCCCACAGGUCCAGCUGGCCCCGCUGGCCCCCCUGGCUUCCCUGGCGCUGUCGGUGCUAAGGGUGAAACUGGUCCCCAAGGCGGUCGUGGUGGUGAAGGCCCACAGGGCGCCCGUGGUGAGCCCGGUGCCCCCGGCCCCGCUGGCGCCGCCGGCCCUACUGGCAACCCUGGUAGCGAUGGUCAACCUGGUGCCAAAGGUGCAACUGGCGCUCCUGGCAUUGCUGGCGCUCCUGGCUUCCCCGGUGCUCGUGGCCCCUCCGGACCCCAGGGUCCCAGCGGUGCUCCUGGUCCCAAGGGUAACAGCGGCGAACCCGGUGCUCCAGGCAACAAGGGAGAUGCUGGUGCCAAGGGAGAACCUGGUCCUGUUGGUGUCCAAGGCCCCCCUGGUCCAUCUGGUGAAGAAGGCAAGAGAGGAUCCCGUGGUGAGCCCGGCCCUGCUGGUCUGCCCGGCCCUGCUGGCGAACGUGGUGCUCCGGGAAGCCGCGGUUUCCCUGGCUCUGAUGGCAUUUCUGGUCCUAAGGGUCCCACUGGUGAACGUGGCUCCCCUGGCCCUGUCGGUCCCAAAGGAUCCCCUGGUGAAUCUGGACGUCCUGGCGAGCCUGGUCUGCCCGGUGCCAAGGGUCUGACUGGAAGCCCAGGUAGCCCCGGUCCCGAUGGCAAGACCGGCCCCACUGGUCCCGCUGGUCAAGAUGGUCGCCCCGGAGCCGCAGGCCCACCCGGUUCCAGAGGUCCUGCUGGUGUGAUGGGUUUCCCUGGACCUAAAGGUGCUGCUGGCGAGCCCGGCAAACCCGGCGAAAGAGGCGUUCCCGGACCCGUUGGCGCUGUUGGUGCUCCUGGCAAAGAUGGUGAAGCUGGUGCUCAGGGACCUCCUGGCGCAGCUGGUCCCUCUGGAGAGAGAGGUGAACAAGGGCCUUCAGGUGCUCCUGGAUUCCAGGGUCUGCCCGGUCCCGCUGGUCCAGCUGGUGAAUCUGGCAAGUCUGGUGAGCAGGGUGUCCCCGGAGACGCUGGUGCCCCCGGUCCAGCUGGUUCAAGAGGUGAGAGAGGUUUCCCCGGCGAGCGUGGUGUCCAAGGUGCACCCGGUCCACAGGGUCCACGUGGUGGUAACGGUGCUCCUGGUAACGAUGGUGCUAAGGGUGAUGCUGGCGCUCCUGGCUCUCCCGGAAACCAAGGUCCUCCCGGUCUGCAGGGAAUGCCCGGCGAACGUGGUGCUGCUGGUCUGCCUGGAGCCAGGGGUGACAGAGGUGACGGAGGUCCCAAGGGUGCUGAUGGAGCUCCUGGCAAAGAUGGCCCAAGAGGUCUGACUGGCCCCAUUGGUCCCCCCGGCCCAGCUGGCGCUCCUGGUGACAAGGGUGAAGCUGGUCCCUCCGGCCCCUCUGGUUCCACUGGUGCUCGUGGUGCUCCCGGAGAUCGUGGUGAGCCCGGCCCACCUGGUCCCGCUGGAUUCGCUGGCCCCCCUGGUGCUGACGGCCAGCCUGGUGCUAAAGGUGAAACUGGCGAUGCUGGUGCUAAGGGCGAUGCCGGUGCCCCAGGCCCUGCUGGACCCACUGGUGCUCCUGGCCCCGCUGGUGCUGUCGGUGCUCCCGGACCCAAAGGUGCUCGUGGUAGCGCAGGACCCCCUGGUGCUACUGGUUUCCCUGGCGCUGCUGGAAGAGUUGGUCCCCCUGGCCCCUCUGGAAACAUUGGUCUCCCUGGCCCACCAGGCCCCAGCGGAAAGGAAGGUUCCAAGGGACCCCGUGGUGAGACUGGCCCCAUUGGCCGCACUGGCGAACCUGGCCCCGCUGGCGCACCCGGACCUUCUGGUGAGAAGGGCUCCCCUGGUGCCGAUGGUGCCCCUGGCGCACCUGGUACUCCAGGCCCACAGGGUAUUUCUGGACAGCGUGGUGUCGUCGGCCUUCCCGGACAGAGAGGCGAGAGAGGUUUCCCUGGUCUCCCUGGCCCAUCUGGCGAACCUGGCAAACAAGGUCCAUCUGGCUCCUCUGGCGAACGUGGUCCUCCUGGCCCAGUAGGACCUCCUGGCUUGGCCGGACCCCCUGGUGAAGCUGGACGUGAGGGCUCUCCCGGUGCUGAAGGUGCUCCUGGUCGCGAUGGAGCUGCUGGUCCCAAGGGUGACCGUGGUGAGACUGGCCCAGCUGGUCCUCCUGGUGCUCCCGGUGCCCCUGGUGCUCCCGGCCCUAUUGGUCCCGCUGGCAAGAAUGGAGAUCGUGGUGAGACUGGUCCUGCUGGUCCCGCUGGCCCCGCUGGCCCUGCUGGUCCUCGUGGUGCUGCUGGCCCACAAGGUCCCCGCGGUGACAAAGGUGAAACUGGUGAACACGGUGACAGAGGCUUGAAGGGUCACAGAGGAUUCUCUGGUCUCCAGGGUCCACCUGGUCCUCCCGGUUCUCCUGGUGAACAAGGUCCUUCUGGAGCUUCCGGUCCCGCUGGUCCAAGGGGUCCCCCUGGCUCUUCUGGUUCCCCUGGCAAAGAUGGUCUGAAUGGUCUCCCUGGCCCCAUUGGCCCACCAGGGCCACGUGGUCGCACCGGUGAUGUCGGUCCUGCUGGUCCCCCCGGACCUCCCGGACCCCCAGGUCCCCCAGGCCCACCCAGCGGCGGCUUCGACUUCAGCUUCCUGCCUCAGCCUCCUCAGGAGAAGGCCCACACCGACAGCCGCUACUACCGGGCUGACGACGCCAACGUGAUGCGUGAUCGGGACCUGGAGGUGGACACCACCCUCAAGAGCCUGAGCCUGCAGAUCGAGAACAUCCGCAGCCCUGAGGGCACCAGGAAGAACCCAGCCCGCACCUGCCGCGACCUGAAGAUGUGCCACAAUGACUGGAAGAGCGGCGAGUACUGGAUUGACCCCAACCAAGGCUGCAACCUGGAUGCCAUCAAGGUCUACUGUAACAUGGAGACUGGCGAGACUUGCGUCUACCCAACCCAGGCUACCACUGCCCAGAAGAACUGGUACAUCAGCAAGAACCCCAAGGAGAAGAAGCACGUCUGGUUCGGCGAGACAAUGAGUGACGGCUUCCAGUUCGAAUAUGGUGGCGAGGGAUCCAACCCAGCUGACGUUGCCAUCCAACUGACCUUCCUGCGCCUGAUGUCCACCGAGGCCUCCCAGAACAUCACUUACCACUGCAAGAACAGCGUGGCCUACAUGGACCAGGAGACUGGCAACCUGAAGAAGGCUCUGCUCCUCCAGGGCUCCAACGAGAUCGAGAUCAGAGCAGAGGGCAACAGCCGCUUCACCUAUGGAGUCACCGAGGAUGGCUGCACGAGUCACACCGGCACCUGGGGCAAGACAGUCAUCGAAUACAAGACAACGAAAACCUCUCGCCUGCCCGUCAUUGACGUGGCCCUCAUGGACGUUGGCGCGCCAGAUCAGGAAUUCGGAAUUGACAUCGGACCCGUCUGCUUCUUGUAAACCGGAGCUAAACCCCCUCCACCCCCC